AUGAAGUUCUCCGCUUUCGCCCUCGCCGCUGCUGGCAUCGUCGCCGCCGCCCCUGGCACCAAGCUCGUCCAGCGCGACUACUCCCCCCUGGUUCCUCGUUCUGCCCGCGCCAGACACAGUUCUGCUCCCAACAGGAGGCUUUCCGCCGAGUCGGUUGAAUCCCUCACUCUCAACUCCACUGGCGUCAAGAACGCCCAUUACUCCAGCAACUGGUCUGGCGCCGUCCAGAUCGGAAACGGCUACAACCACGUCACCGGCACCAUCACGGUCCCCGAGGUCAGCGGCAACAGUGGCGACGCCGCCUCCGCCUGGGUCGGCAUUGACGGCGACACCUGCGAGACCGCCAUUCUCCAGACCGGCAUCUCGCUCUACGCCGACGGCACCUUUGACGCCUGGUACGAGUGGAUCCCCGACAACGCCUACAGCUUCGACAACUUCGACGUCAGCGUCGGCGACCAGAUCCAGAUGACCGUCGACGCGUCCUCUACGAAGAAGGGCGUCGCUACUCUCCAUAACCUGACCACCGGCAAGAAGGUCACCCACACUUUCACCAGCACGCCCUCCACUCUCUGCGAGACCAACGCCGAGUGGAUUGUCGAGGCUUUCCAGGAGGGCGGCAAACAGGUCACCCUCGCCGACUUCGGCACCAUCGAGUUCACGGGUGCUACCGCCUCCGGCUCCGGUGGCUCGAUCACCCCUUCCGGUGCCGAAAUCUUCGACAUCUCGCCCAACGGCGGCAAAACUUACCUUACUCAGGCCUCCAGCAGCGGCAGCACCGUUACUGUCAGCUACAUCGGCUAA